GAGUGAAAUAUGGUACAAAUAAGAUACGAAAUGAGUGAUUAAUCAACAUGAAAAAGAGAAAGAAAAAGACAUAACACAGGGAUGUAAUCAUUUAAUCGUGGAAUCAUUUGAACGACCACGUCGGCUUACCUUGUCUUCUUAAGUGUGUAUCUACACUUUGUUGAAUCUUUUUGUUGUGUGGCACCUUUGCCAGUUCUUCUUACUUAUUAAUUUUGUGAACCACUUUUUCCACGUCUACUGCACUUCAGAUACAGCUUAUGCUAAAGAAAGAGAAGUAGACUAAACGAAGAUUGAUCUACUAGGCCGGAAAGAGAAUGGGAGAAAGAAUGCAUUAAGAUAGAAUCGGCAAAAAUAUAUCAAAAGGCAGUAAGUGGAGAGUCAUAAUUACUGUAAAAACAUAACGAAUUCUUACUGAUGUUGAUUACCAUGACCUUGAUUAAAAAUUACGAAUCUUUUAGUCCGUGCAUUCAUUCGCACAAAAUUGAACAAAGAAGUCCAACGAAACACACAAACUCAGAGAGGAAUGAAAAUACUCGGCGAAAAACGAAACACGCAAGGAAGCAUGAAACCGAUCGCUCUACAAUGAAGCGAAAAAAAAAAAAGAAAGUUUCCUCCUGAGCUUCUUCAUUCACUCUAACAACGCCCCCUCGAUGAAAGGAAUUCCGCGGCUCGGGGCGCUACGAGGUGCCUCAGAUUUAGCCUUCCCCUUAAUCCCCCGCGAUUCGCACUUAUAACCCUUUGAACAGCGCCAUAUGGGUGCAGGGAGGCGACAAGCAGCGAGGGAGAACAAAGGGGGCAAAGUCAGGAAAACAAACGCGCUUUUCCAACAAGUGCGACGAGGACGGCGGCGCCAAAGUUUCCGCCCACGGUGCGUCGCCCCCCUCUCUUCCCCUUUCCACACUGUCCCUACACAUCCACCACAUUUCCACGUGAGCCAACCUUUUCAUCCCCAUCGCCGCCAGCGCAGCCGCAUUCUUCCCGUCCUCACAUCGUGAUAAGGGGAAAAAGAGAAGAGUGUCGCUUCUCGUACCAUUCUUUCGUUGCCGCCGUAUAUAUACACGUCGUCGUCGUAUAGUGUGUCGCUCAGGAAGGUCGUCGAGGAACGAAAGAAAAAAAACACGAAUGGACGGGGGGAGGGGAGGGAAGAGAAAGGGAGGACCGGUCCCAUCGUGCUCCCUCGAUUGGCGGGCCGGAAGGUUCGAAAGGCGGGCUCUCCCGCUCUUGGGCGGAGCUUGGGGACAGAAACGGGCGUUUCCUUCCAGUUGCGGGGGAAAAUCUUGCCGGCGCAUCGGAUGAAAAAGUAAUACACGUCGCGGCGCGGUCACAAAAACCAGUGCCGCCGGCCGGGCGAGCCCCGUAACAGUCUCGAGACGUCGACGAACACACCGGCGGCAACUCCGUCGGCUCUGGCUUUAGGUGUGGUGCGGUGCACGGUGGAGGCGGUGGUCCUCGUUCGCCGUCCGCCGCUAAGCUGGAAGCUUCUGCCGCCUCAGCAUUUCUCCGGGCGCUCGGAGGAGGAGGAGGAGGCGCGGCGAGCCGCGGUCGACGGCCGCGUCGGCCAUGAGCACCACUAGCGGCGGGUCUUCGGGCUUGGGCCCCCAGCCGGCUACGGUGGCCGCUGCGGGCCUUCUGGGCCUUCGCGUCGGGGUCGCCGGCAGCGCGGCGGCGGCGGGUCUCCCCAUUGCGGAGCGGUACCAGAGGACGCCCAAGUGCGCCCGUUGUCGCAACCACGGGGUCGUGUCGGCGCUGAAGGGGCACAAGCGCUACUGCCGCUGGCGGGACUGCGCCUGUGCGAAGUGCACCCUGAUCGCCGAGAGACAGCGGGUGAUGGCGGCACAGGUGGCCCUCCGGAGACAGCAAGCGCAGGAGGAGAACGAGGCCCGCGAGCUGAGCCUGCUGUACGGGUGCCACGACGGGCUGCUGGCCAUGCACCGUGCCGGAUACACGUUCUCGGCGGCUAUGGCCCAGCUGCUGGCCAGGGACGCCGCGGCUGCAGCGGCGGCCGCCGCGGUCGCCGCCGGAGGUGGAGGGUCGCCCUCGCCGACGGCCACGACGACGUCGUCACCGCCGCACGGCGGUGGACGCCUGGCUGCAGCCGCGCCGCCUGCCGUUGCCGCUGCCACAGCGCCAGACUGGAAGCGAGGCGGCGGCAGCGGCGGGCCCCCGUCGGACGCCUCGUCGUCCGAGGAACCGAGCGGGAGCAGCGGCAGUCCGGCGCCGGCCUCGUCGGCCACCGAGGACGGGGCGCGCUGCGACGACAGCGACCGGUCGCCCUCGCCCGACCAGCCGCUGGCGCUGGACACGCGCUCGUCGCAGCGCCGGUCGCCGCUGGACACGCUGGCCAGGCUGUUCCCUAGCAGGCCGCAGUCGACCCUGGCCGCCGUGCUGGACCGCUGCGGGGGCGACGUUCUCCAGGCGCUCGACCACCUGCUGCUGCAGGAGCCGCCUCCGCUGGACUACCGGCGGCACCCGCCGCCUCCCCCGCCUCCCCCGGUGACGGCGGCGAGCCUGCUCGGAGCCGUGCCCGCCUACCCGGGCCUGUUCCCGCCGCCUCCCCCGCCGCCGCCGGCCUCCUCGGCCGCGGCCGAGCACGCCAAGCGACUGGCCAGCCUCUGGUCGCCCCAGCAGCCCACCGCCGCCGACCACCACAAGAGCGCAGCAGACUGAGCCCUCCUCCCGCCCUCACUGGGACUCCCGACGACGACGAAGACAGGCUCUCGCUGUUGUUUACCGUCUCGAUCCGCCGCCGCCGCCGCACCGUUGCAGUAUUGCCACACCAACAACGCCCCGCUGUUCUGUGCCUCUUUGUUUUCGAGAGAGGGCCGCGUUUGGAUCCGUGGCGUGCCGAAGCCCACGCGCCUGCGACCCCUUCUUUUUUUUUGUACGCGAAAUCGAGAACGCUGGCUUCACUGCGAUGCGCGACUCGCACUGUGGUAGUGGCGUCGCUCGCCGAACCUCGGAACGUAUUCACCAAACGUUCUUACGUUAGGAUCGUUCGCAAGAGCGAAUGUCAGCGAAUCCCGAUGGUGGACAUCUUGUCGGAGGAAGGGCUGCACGACAGUGGCAAAGAGCACUUACGAACGUAAAGGCGUACGAAUACGCGUGCCCUGAUUUCUGGCACAUAGGGAAAACCUAGCCGACGUUCUCACGAACGUAGCCCUGUUGCUACUCCUAUGUGUAGCUACUGAUUGGCAGCUACGGCAUUGCGAAGAAAGAUCUUAUUAGUACGUUCAUUCACUUUCUAUAAACAUCACUGUACUUGCCGAUGUUGGACGUGCGCGAACGCCGCACUAAUGGUGGCGUUCCAUUUCUCUCUGACGCGGGAGAACUUCGCUUCGUUGAACGCGAAACCUACUUAUACGCGACGACGGGUUGGAGAAAGAAGGCAGACAAGGUGUGCGAGUGUGUCGUACGGUUCAUCUAAAGGAACACAACACACGGACGCGGUCUAAUGUGAAGACAUCUUAAAUACAAAGUCGCACUAACUCACCCAAAUGUCAUUGCUGUCACGCGGUUCAGGAUCGACAACUCCACCUCAGUAAAAUGUGCCGAUUACUCCCCGCACCCUCCGCCCCCACUCACCCUUUACUAUAUUUCGCGCCCUCCCUUUCUCGGUUUGAGCAUCGGCCAUGGCAGAUCUGGUGGCGUAUCGCAGUGAAGCCAGUAUAGAGACUUCGAGCGGGACUUAUGAACGCGUCAUCGACGCUUACUCGUUUGAGCUUGGGUCGGGCUUCCUAGAAUGUCCGUCGGCCUCACGAACUCUCUCAACUCCGGCUGCCUCCAAGGCACGAAAACCAGCGCGCAGCAGGGGCACCGGAUGACGUCUUUCGCCUUCGGCCGCAACCUGAGCCGAAACACAGCGAAUAGUUGAGGAAGCGACGGAGAACCUCGGUGGUGACGUCUCGGUCGAAGAGCUGAUCGACUGUGGACUGCCAAGAGGAACGAGGGCCACUUUUAAUGGAAAGAAAUCUUGUAGUUCCACAUGACGGAAAGCCGGAACGAUUUCUUGAGCGGACUGUUAACACCCACGGCGCAGCUGAAUCCCUUCAACGGCCGAGUUUUCCAGUCGCCAUUUUCGGGGACAUCGCGCUCAGUGCGCGCAUUGUUUUGGCUGCGCACUGCAGGUCUUAUUUUCACGUCGUGUGGUUGUCGAAUGCGUUUAUAUGAUGCCCGUCGCAACAGCGGGGCGCAUCGCUAGACCUUGGUUGCAUCGCGAAAGAAAAAGAAAAGUUAGUAUCCCCGGAAAGGAUCGACAGAGAAUGCUGCGUCAGCGUGAUUGUGCGAGGGAUGUGCAUAGUGUCGCAUGGAGAGCCGUGCGGUGAAUAAGCGAGCGAAACCGUUGAUUUCGAAGGCGCGCCAUGGCGCCCCAGGAAUGGCCUCCCGCAGAGCCUUCGAUGAGACCGUCUCAGUAUUGCCUCCCGUUUUCCCGCUGUGACCUGCGGGGGCUGGGCUACGGGCCAGUGUGUCGUCCGCGUAUACUUGCGCUGGCUUGGGCAGCGCGCUGCGCAAUAAGCAGUGCAUGGUUAGCAGACUGUGAUAGCAGGAUGUGGAGGUGUAGCAGGCCUGUUGGUUGCUACAAUCCGUCGCACUAGAGCAGCGGCGUGGCUGAACCGGAUGAGGCACACAGGUAUUAUGGUCCUUGACCACGUAUUAGUGCCAGAAAACUUAAGGUUAGCCGUGAGGCACAACUGUGAAAGCUCUCUCGCUUCGCUCGUUAGCGCGAGGCGCAAUCUUUCGUUCAAGUACACAGCCGACCUCGCGAUCUCUCCGAAUACAUAAAGCCCGCUUCUAGAGACGUCAUCUGAAGGAUGUACGGUCUAAAAAUUCACGAAAUAAAGAGAGACACUUAAAGAAGAGAGCGCAAGUGAGCAGGUGCGAGAAAUGUGACAAAAAGCGUUCUCUCUUCCUGCGCAAAAGAAACUAAAACACUCUAAAGGUACAUCAGGCCUAAAUGUGAGGCUGACUGUGUGCACUUUACACUUGACACUGAACAUUCAGGUGUAAAGCUCUUUAACCUUAUACUCUUCUUGGUGGUGUAUCCGUGUUAUUAAUGAGUCUAAAGAACCGAAACUUUAGCACUGUCGGUACAUCCACCUGCCCGAUAACUCGAAAUCGAUUCGAUAAGCUUUUCGCAAGUGCUAACGUAUUCUACCAUUACGCCGUAACAUCGGUGCAAAUCUCGAUUGUACACUGUAUGUUAGGUGCUGACACGUUCACUUCACAAUCACGGCUGUUCUAGGUAGGAACAGAACUCCGUACAUUUCGUCUGCUCCAGUAACAGUCUGAAACUGACUUUCCUAUUCGAUGAAAACGCCCUGUUACACGCACGGUCGUGCAAAGUAUUCAUUCAGUAUUAUCAACAGACAGACUACAGUAUUGUUGUCCGAAUAACUAGCUUCGCCUGCGUACUCGAAUAACAAAGCACAAUGCGUACAAGGUAGGAAGAACGUAUGCAGAGUACUUCGGGGUUGCUUGUUGAGCGGAACGGCCUCUUUUAGUAUUGUCGUUGCUGUGGCAAAAGCAAGGAAUUUGUAUAAAAAAGAAUAUGUGCUAUGUGACAGCGCACUGCUAUCAAUCUUGUGCAGAGAACUUAUCCAAAUAAAACUAAACUUGAACGUUCGGAGCUUAGCACCGGAGCCAUGGGCUCAUGACGGCAGCAAGACGUUACGGAUCUCGCAGUAUUAUUUUUCCCAUGCGCAAAACAAGCGUAUACGUAAGUGCCUAGGCUUAGUUAUUGUAAAAUUUUGAGCGUAUUUAAUCGUGUUUGAUUCAAAAUGAACACAGCUCGCCUCCGUUAAACAGUUCUUUUAAAAUAAUAUUGCGAGCGUAGUGCGAUCAUGGACACCGCCAUUAAGAUCGCCGAUGUCACGAGGCCCCAGUAUGGGAGGCUCGAGACAGCGUCACCAUCUGUCUGUCAUUUUGACGUUUUUAACGGCGCACCAAGUUUUCGCAGACGCUAAGACGAACCUUCGGCUGAACUUACGAAAUACGUAAUUUGUGAAUACACUCUACGUUAACUUAGUUCGACUCUUCUAUGUUCGUUUGAUGCCGAUGACGUGCUUGCCGCUUCUCGUUAAGUCGCUCUCUAUUAAAGUCUGGACAGCCGCAAGCGCGACGUCACACUCCCCGGAUUGCCUUUGCUCUUGGUGCUCGAAAAACUGUGCCUAUAUAUUACGGGCAGGAGACAACGAUUUUCGGGCCCGAGCACACGAGGCCUGCAAUAACUUUUCCUACCCACGCUUCAGCCCCCACAUCCGGGUUCUACUACUGAGGUUUCAAGACGCGCACGUUCACUGUUAAAAUGCAGACGCGCCCAAGAACGCGCGUGCAGACUGGCAGCUGUCGUAACGGUGCAACAUGACACAUACCGUCCCGUUUAAAGAGAGCUCACAAAAACAAAUUGCAGAAACAAAAUCUGGCUCCAACUGCCCCGACGGACACAUGCAUACUUGACCGUUGUUAAUUACGUGGGGUGCGCCUGUCCGCCAAAGCGUUGUUGCAGGAGGUGACGGGUUUCGAAGCGAAGACGGGUUGCAUGAUUACAGAAAUUCGUGAGCGCGACGGGCAAACGUUUAGGCCAAAGUUUUUCAGUUACACCAGUUGCCAACCUUCCCGCUGGACUCGUGUUUCAAACUUGGCUUACAACGUGGGAGGCCUGCGAUUGUCGCGCCAACUGUGGACAAAAAACAAACAAACAAAAACGGCUAUAAGACGUUCUCUUUUUGAGCAAACCAACGAAAUAAGGUCUUGGCAUGCACUGCAGGCGUAGUAUAAUGGUGUUACCAAUCAGCACCACAUUUUUCAGUCAGAUUAGCAAUUUCAGACACUCUAAGACGAUGGGUGACGACGAGCUUCAUCUUGUCGCUUAGUGGUGGCGCGUCAGUUGUAUAUCAUCACAAAAAAGGCACCCCAGCGUACCGCCAGAUGGAAGCGGAGAUUCGGAACUGUUAUGAUUGAGGGAUUCUGGUUCAAACAAUGCUGAACCGCUUAUUCGCUGACGACACACUGUCCUGGCCUAGUCACCGCACAUCGAAAGGGUCAACGGCAGAACCGCAAUCCGUGUAUAACCGGACGAAGCGCGUAGUACGCGAAUGACUCGCGACGAAUCUACUGUGCAUGCCUAUACUAUAUGUGAAAUGUUGUUACCGAUGAACACACACAAAUAUACACGCACACGGUGUGAUAAAGAAACAUGAAUGGAACACCUCACAAACGUGCAAAUAAAUUUAUCCUCCAACAAA